GCCCCUCUUUGCCCCUGUCCCCCGCUGUCCGAGCACAAUGACACCUCGCCGCGCUGUACCCGCGCUCCGCGAUGCCCUUCAGGUAGAGCGCGCACACACGGCUGGCUGAACUGAAGGCAGAAGAAGAGGCGCGCGCCGAGGAGGACAUUUACAGGACCGUGGGAUGUUUUCAAUGCGCUUCUGUGUUAAUUCUCUGGCCGGCGCGAUUCCUUCCUUUUGCACAGAAGCUGCUCUCGCCGUGAAGAAGGACCCUACAUCUGAGUGCAGUGCCUGCAUAGACGAAAACAAUAGCACAAAUCCAAGACAGCAAAUGAGCUGUGACAUAGAGCAACUAAGGGGUAAUCAGGACACCGCAGCACCUCCUGAAACAAUGGCACAGCCUUAUGCUUCCGCCCAGUUUGCAUCCCCUCAGAAUGGCAUCCAUGCAGAAUACACGGCCCCCCACCCCCACCCCCACCCUCACCCACACCCCGCCCCAGACUACACAGGGCAGACGACAGUUCCAGAGCACACGUUAAACAUGUACCCCCCAGCACAGACGCACAGUGAACAGAGUGGGCCAGACACCACUGCACAGACAGUCUCCGGUACCGCCACACAGACAGACGACUCAGCACAGACCGACAGUCAGCAACAGACACAGUCCUCAGAAAACACAGACAGCAAGACACAGCCAAAGCGGCUCCAUGUCUCCAAUAUUCCUUUCAGGUUUCGAGAUCCAGAUCUCAGGCAAAUGUUUGGUCAAUUUGGCAAAAUCUUAGAUGUUGAAAUCAUUUUUAACGAGCGAGGAUCUAAGGGAUUUGGUUUUGUAACUUUUGAAAAUAGUGCUGAUGCGGACAGGGCGAGGGAGAAAUUACACGGCACGGUGGUAGAAGGCCGUAAAAUAGAGGUUAAUAAUGCAACAGCACGGGUAAUGACAAAUAAAAAAACAGUUAAUCCUUAUGCAAAUGGCUGGAAGUUGAAUCCAGUGGUGGGUGCAGUGUACAGCCCAGAAUUCUAUGCAGUGCCAGGCUUCCCGUAUCCCGCUGCAACAGCAGCAGCUGCGUACAGAGGGGCACACUUGAGAGGCCGCGGACGCACAGUCUACAACACAUUUCGGGCAGCAGCGCCCCCGCCACCAAUUCCUGCCUACGGCGGAGUUGUAUACCAAGAUGGAUUUUAUGGUGCAGAUAUUUAUGGUGGUUAUGCUGCCUAUAGAUAUGCCCAACCUGCAACUGCCACUGCUGCUGCCUACAGUGACAGUUACGGACGAGUUUAUGCUGCCGACCCAUACCACCACACACUUGCUCCAGCAGCCACAUACAGCGUUGGUGCCGUGAAUGCUUUUGCACCCUUGACUGAUGCCAAGACUAGGAGCCAUGCUGACGAUGUCGGUCUCGUUCUUUCUUCAUUACAGGCUAGUAUAUACCGAGGGGGAUACAGCCGUUUUGCUCCAUACUAAAUGACAAAAACCAUAAUAAAACCUUCCAGUGGGAACAAAAAAAGAAGCUUUCCGAGGCCUGGGUAUUGCAAUACAUGCAGUAGUGCAUCAUUUUAUUAUCUCUAAAAAAAAGAGGUGGAAAGAAAAAAAAAAAAACAUUUUUUAUCUUAUACCUCAGAUAUUUUGUUCAGUGUAUUUUAAUGUGGAUCUUUAAUUUUUAAAGGAUAUAUAGAUUGUUGGCUGUAGAGGUUUCUGUGGUGAUCUAGAAAGCUGCUAGAUAUAAAGGAAAUGAAAGUAUUAAAAGCCACAAUCAAGAGCGCUUUAUCAUGUAAAUUACAUUAGAUAUGAUAAAUAUUAAGAUGUUUUGGGGUUCUCGCUUUUUGUAAGUGUGACUAAAGUAGUCAUGUUGUUUUUCAUAUUUUUACAUUGCCUUUUAUUUUAAUUUCAUUUGAUUUACUUGGUUUGAUUUUGACAGGGACAAAAAAGGGAAGUGUUCGGGGUUGGGGUGGGAGUUGGUUCAGGUGAAAAGUGGCUGGGAAAACAGUCACUGAUUCCCAGUAUAUUCUGUACAGUUUAUAAGGGAGGGCACUACUGUACUUAUUCUAAUAGAUGUCUUUCAUCAUUCACUAUCCAAAGCCAAAGGUUUUGUUUCUGGGGUGUCAGGAGGCACUUCUACAUAUAAAAUUUUAUGUAGAAGUUGCCUAAUGGCACCCCAAAAUAUGUUCACCUAGGCAGUGUUUAACUGUUUAACCAUCUAGAAGGAAAAUUAGACCAUUAAAAACAUAGUUUUUAUAUUACUUCCAAUAAAUAAAUUAUUGAUACCAUUGCUGACUUUUAUAUUAUGGGAGGAAAAACAUAACAAUAAUAAAUAAGGUGAUAAAAGCACUGUUUCUAUUUUUCUUUUUUCUUUUUUCCAGAAAGAAAGAAAUAAACUAGAACUGUUUCUACCAGUUUAAACUAGAAAAAAAGUUGCAAAUGUAUAAUAUUCAAACUGUGCAGUGGAAAUGGUCUGUUAUAGAAAAUACGCAAAUUACGAUGUUUUAGAUUUAGUCGAGUAGACAAAAUGAUAGAGAAGGUGUCAUUUUUAUGGAAU